AUGAGCGAUCCGGCGGUGUGUUCCUUCCUCACCAAGACUUUGUGCGCCCACGGCGGGCAGCUGGGGCUGUCGGAACUCCAGCAGCAUGUCGGUCUCUCGGCCCGGCAGCUGGAGGAAACGCUGUCGGCGGCUGGCCCUCAGAGCUUCCUGGUGCAGCGGGGCGACGGCGACGGCAGCGCCCGCGUCCUGGCCGUGUCGGCCGUGCGGCUGUGUCCCCGCCAGGAGUGCGGGGGCUGCGAGCGGCUGCACCUCUGCAAGCUCCAUCUCAUGGGCAAGUGCAACUUGGGGCCCAGAGCUUGUAAAUACUCACACGACAUCUUCAGUGCUGAGAACAAAAAAGUGCUGAAGACCCACGGCCUGUCUGGCCUCGAUGAGAAUGAGCUGCGAGUGCUGCUCCUCCAGAAUGAUCCUUUCAUCCUCCCUGAUACCUGCCAGUUUUACAACAGAAAGGAAGGAACCUGCAACCAGCAGAACAACUGCAAAAGGCUUCAUGUUUGUCGACACUUCCUCCACGGGGAGUGUAGAUUUUUAAAGUGCAAGAGGUCCCAUAACCUUUUGAAUGUCCAUGCACUGAGACUCUUGGAAGCUAUUGGCAUUGAUUCAAACACAGUUUCAAACAUCCAGAUUGUGUAUGACCACAAGCAUGUGGAGUUCAACAAGGAACUGCAGAAGGAGAGAGUACCCACCUACAAACCAAGUGCAAAUGUAAUGAAAAACACAGUUACUACAAUAAGCAAAGAUGUGAGGUUACCUUCACAAACAGUGAGGUCCAGAGCACAUGUGCCACCUUCAGGAGGUAACUAUCUAGGUCCCAGCAGCAAUGUACUUGGUCAGAGCCAACAGCAGGUGCCAACAGAAGCCAGAGGUAAACAUGCAGCUUUACCAGAGGUAAACACAGGAGCUGGAGCUAAAGAUGAAGGCACAGGAGCUGGAGCUAAAGAUGAAGGUACAGGAGCUGGAGCUAAAGACAAAGGCACGGGAGCUGGAGCUAAAUAUAAUGGUACAAGAGCUGGAGCUAAAGAUGAAGGCACAGGAGCUGGAGCUAAAGAUGAAGGCACAGGAGCUGGAGCUAAAGAUGAAGGCACAGGAGCUGGAGCUAAAGACAAAGGCACGGGAGCUGGAGCUAAAUAUAAUGGUACAAGAGCUGGAGCUAAAGAUGAAGGCACAGGAGCUGGAGCUAAAGAUGAAGGCACAGGAGCUGGAGCUAAAUAUAAUGGUACAGGAGCUGGAGCUAAAGAUGAAGAUAAAAAAGAUGCUUCCUCUGCUAAAGAUUCAAAGAAUACCAAAGAAGAAAAGUGUGAUGAGAUAUGUGUGUUCUAUGUUUGGAAGUACUGCAAAAAUAAUGAUAAAUGCACAUCUGUUCAUUACCAUUUGCCAUAUCGAUGGCAGGUGUAUAAUGGCAUCACCUGGACUGACCUUUCCAUGAUGGAGGACGUGGAAAGGGCCUAUUGUGACCCAAAAAUCAGCAGCAUGGCAGAUAGGAACAUUAAUUUCCAAACCAUGACCCUGUCUCACUGCUCGCUUCGCCGCCUCUCUACACCAUCAUCAGUCACAAGGCCCUCGUUUCUGCUGACCACAGAGUGGAUUUGGUAUUGGAAGAAUGACCUAGGCCAGUGGAUUGAAUAUGGAGAGCAGGGAGAAGGAGAUAUUGUGAAAUCACCAACUUCAGCUAUUAUUGAGAAUUUGUAUCUAGCAGACCCAGAUGCCACCGUUUCUUUCCAGGUUGGCUUGCAUCGCUACCAGCUCAAUUUUAAAGAGAUGACACAGAAGAACAUCACUUACAAAACUGAAAGACGGGUCUGCAGGCGGCCAAAGUUUGUGUCUUCUGAAGAUGUGCAGAAGAUCAAGAGAGGCCAGAGAGAUUCUUCAAUUUCAAAUCAAACCUGUCCUAGCCACUGGGAUCCAUCUGCUCUGCCUGAAUUUGGAUAUAAGGCAGUGGAGAUCAGUAAUACAAGCUCUGAAUAUCACACAAUAAAGCAGCUCUUCCUUCAAACAAUGAAAAACUACAUAAUCCUUACAAUGCAGAGGAUUCAGAACCCAGCCCUCUGGAAGGUGUUUCAAUGGAAAAAGGAGCAGAUGAAGAGGGAAAAUGGAGGGAAAGAUGUUUCUGAAAAGCUCCUGUUCCAUGGAUGCAAUAAUACCUACAUGAAAUCCAUCUGUCAUUACAACUUUGACUGGAGGCUUUGUGGGAGCAAUGGAACAAACUAUGGGAUGGGAAGUUACUUUGCUAGAGAUGCUUCCUAUUCCCACGAGUACUGCCAGCCUCUGGGGAAAGUCAGAAUCAUGUUCGUGGCUCGUGUGCUGGUUGGAGAUUACACCCGAGGCUCCGCGGCCUACGUUCGCCCCCCGCCAAAGCGUGUUGGCAGCCUUCAGUUUUAUGACAGCUGUGUGGACAACGAAUUCAACCCUUCUGUCUUUGUUGUCUUUGAAAAGCAACAGAUUUACCCAGAGUACAUCAUAACGUAUAAGGCAGAUGAAGAGAGAUGUAGCCUGUCCUAGAGGGAGCAGAGCUGUCUGUAUCCCUCAUCUUACUUUCUCGUGCUUGCCGACUUCUUCUUUUAAGACAAAUCCUUUGGAAUGUUAAUCUGAAGAUACUCUGGAGUGAGGAGGCCUGAAAAAACCAGAUGUUACAGCUAGGUGAGACUGACUGCCUUGUCUGCUUCCUCUCCUAAAUGAUUCACAGGCAGUUGGAUAACUAGAGCAAGAAAAAGAAAACAGUAAUGGGAUGGGAAAUCAAAUGGACAAAUAAUUUUAAGUACCUCUUAGUAAUGGGUAGAGAGGAAAUAAUUCUAAGUACACCUUAGGAAUGAGUAGACAGGAAAUGGUUUUAAGUACACCUUAGCAAUGAGUAGAGAGGAAAAGAUUUUAAGGACAUCUUAGAAAUGGGUAGAGAGGAAAUAAUUUGAAGUACAUCUUAGAAAUGAGUAGAGAGGAUUUCUCUUUGCCAGCAGUUCAGUUAAGAGGAAAAACUUAACAGUCCAGUGGUAUUUAAGCAAGCUGUCAGGUUUGUAGUAGCCAGGUUCUUUGCAAUGUAGAGUAGAGCUGUUCUUGAGCCUCUUGUCUAUCCCUGUUCUCACCAAGUCAGUGUAUGUAAGAAUGAUUUAGUUUUCAGAGUGCUUCUUCUUAAGGAUGCUACAUUUCAAGUUUAAAAUUAAUAAGCAACAAAGAGAAAAGUUUAUUUUAAGCCCAUGUCGUAAGUUGUUCAGCAGAGCAGUUUCAGCUCCACCAUGGCAGCUGCUGUUUGGAUCAGAAAAUCCUUGGAUCAGAUUCUUCUUGCGGAUCUGCAGUAACUUGGUGUGGCAGAGCUCGAGUGAAACCCUGACAGUCACAACAAGCAAGUAGUAAAACGUGGUGGUUUGGCUACCACUAAGGGCCACAAGUCUCUCCAGGCUGUGUCACAAGCCAGGCUUUUGAGUGAAGGUGGCCACCUAUUUUCUCAACGUGAACAUUUGCUUAGCAAAUGCUGGGGGACGGGAGAAACAUCUUCAGAAGCACUGACAGAUUCUGUCCUAUUUGUACACGGUAAUUUUCGUUGUCCUCAGAAACAGUUAUGUUCUCUCCCGGCCAGUGGUAGCAGUGCUGUCCUAAGCUACUUUGUACACGUGUUUUGUUGACCACAUUGAGUUGGGCAGCUUGCUGAGAGCUCAGGGGCAAGUGUGGUUCCUCUGUGUUCUGGGGUUGCUGUGGGGGAUCCUAGCUAGAGCUUCCCUGGGCCUGGGGUUUUGCCAGACUUGCUUAGGAGCUUUGUACAUCACUGACAAAGACAAACAGCCCUUUUUUAUUGCCUCAGAUGAAAAUAUAGAAACUCUAGGAGAGCUUCUACUGAACUAAGUAGGGGCUUUGUAUGUUAAUCGAGCUGAAGACCUUCUGUGCAAAGCUGUCUAGAUUGGAACCAGCUGCCGAGGACAGAGGAGAAGCAAAGUUUUGCUUUCAGAUAAGUUUUUACAGUAAUGGAAUUAACCUCCUUGUUCUUUGUUUCUCUGAUAUGAAUCUGUACUGCUCAAAGCUUGCAAGUUAUCAAGAGGAUGGGGAAAUGCAGAAAAGCAGGAAAUCUUACUAAAAUUACUGUCUUAGAACUAAAGUAAAUCAUACAUCAGUAAUGCUUGAAAAGGGGAAGAUUUUAUCACUUUUUAAGAGCUCUCUCACUUUUGUUUGCAUGUGGAGUUCCUGAAUGGCUGAGUUUUGCCACAGUUGCAA